AUGACGAAAGACCUUGCACCCAAAAUCUCAAACUUUGAACAAUCUCGUCUUUCAGGCACUUCCAGUAAGAAUAUACUAAAUGUUAAGGAAAUAGUGCGAUGGAUGGCUCCUGAAAUAUUAAAACAUGAACCAUAUACAUUCAGCUGCGAAAUUUUCAGCAAAAAUAAAGCAGCUUAUCAGAGGACAGAAACUUCAUACCUUAUGACUAUUUUAUCAUGGGAACAAGAACCGAGCUUUAGAUUAUCUUGGGCACAUAUUUAUCCACGAUUUGUUGAUCUUAAAUCUAAUGUGCCUAAGGACCAUUUUAUAAAAUAUAAUCCUUUAAACACCAAGAAAAGGGAAAGACAGCGCAGUGUUACGGAAGAACGAAAUAUACAAAUAAAACCUAUACAAUUUGAAAAAUUAACUAAUAUGGAACGACUUGAUGAAAAAACUUACAUUGCAAAAAAGGCGCUCAAUGAAGAAACAGGAAAUUUCGUUGUUUGCAAAGAAUUUGAUAAUAAGGAUGAUGAAUUUAUGCGAGAAUUGAAUAUUUUGAGUGAUUUAAAAGGAAAUACAAAUAUAAUCGAUUUCAUAGGCAUUAGUGAAG